AUGACAAUCCAAAGAACGAUUACUGCCAUUGAUCGAAUAGCUAUUUCUGAUCCAUUAGCGACAAUUAUACCAACAAAAAAUCAAAUUGAACUUGAUACAAGUGAUAUAGCAAAAAUAUUGAUUAUUGGUGAAACAGGAUCGGGUAAAUCCACAUUCAUUAAUUAUUUAACAAAUUAUUUUCGUAAUGGUUCAUUAAACAAUAUCAAAAUAGCUAUACCAUCAUUACAUUAUCCAAUACCAACAGAAACAUUUGAUCAUCAUGAACAUGCUAUCCAUGAUCGUAUGCAAUCAAAAACCGAUAAGUGUAAUCAGUAUAUAUUUGUCGAUAAUAAAACACAGAAACAAUAUUUAUUUUUGGAUACACCAGGUUGGAGUGAUGCACGUAGAGUGGGACAAGAUGAUAUAAAUAUGAAUAAAAUAAUUGAUGCGGUGGAAAGUUUAGGUGGUUUAACAGCAGUAAUUAUUGUUGUCAAUGGUACAAGUGCACGCGUAAAUUUAAGCUCAACAAAUUUUAUUGCACGUUUAAGGGAUAAUAUGCCCGAUACUAUUAUGAAUAAUGUUAUUGUUAUAUCAACAAAUGCUAAACGACAUCAAGUGAAUUAUGAAAUAAAAUCAUUAAAUUUACAUGGAAAUGUGUAUCCAUAUUACAUGCAAAAUUCUGCAUUUUCAAUGAAUCUAUCUACACGGACACAAUCGGCUAUGGAUGCAUUAAAAAUUGAUUGGGAUCAAUCAAUGGAUGAAAUGAAAUUAAUGAUUGAUACUAUUGAUACAUUUAAAACAAAAUCAAUAACAGCAUUUAAAGAUAUGAAAGACAUUCGGAAUGAAAUAAAAAUAUUAAUGCAUCAAAUACGAUUAGAAAUAAAUAAAAUUCAAACAAUGCAAGAAGAAAUAGCAGCAUUUGAAGAGGGUCUAAAACACGCGCAAACGGAUGAAUUAUCAUACAAAGAUUAUGCUAAAGAGCGUACAGUCGAUCAAAUUGAUAUUGUUGAUGCAGCGUAUCAUAGUACAUUAUGCCAGAAUUGUAAUUUUGUGUGCCAUAAUAAAUGCGGAUUAGAUGAACAAACAAUAGAUGGGUCACAGAUAUUUCAACAGUGUUAUGCAAUGUCAGCUGGUGUUUGUACAAAAUGUCCAAACGAAUGUUCUUAUACAGCACAUUAUAUUGCGAAAAAGACGGUUAAAAUCACACAAAAAAAGCUGCAAGAUGUUUUACAAGAUAUAAAAGCGAAAUUUGAUAUGGCAACGAAGAAUAAAGCAGAUUUUCAACAGAAAGUAACAACAGUUGGUGAUGCUAAACGUCUGUUGGAAAAAGCAUUGAAACAAAAAACAGAGGAUAUCAAACAGAAAUGUAAUAAUUUAAGAAAAAUAUGUUCCGGAUUUUAUCUGGUACAGGAGUUUCAUUCCUUGAUACAUCAGCUGGAAGUUGAGGCAACAAUGUUACAGAAUAUUGAUGCCAGACUACAAGCGGAAACAAUAAUUCGAGAUUUAAAAGAGUUCUGUAAAAUGCUUAAAAAAGACCAGCAAACAGCACGACCACUACCGCCAAUGAAUAUUAUUGAAACAGCCAGAAUAGAUAAACCAUUAGCACAAUAUCAACAAGCGCAUGCUCCACCACCACCAUCGCCACAACAAUUGACGAAUCAAGCAGAAUCAAAUAUUAAUCAGGAUGUAAUUAGCCUUAUUUGA